CAAGGAAACAUCACAACACAACAUUGACCCACCGACGGAAUGAACUGUCUCCAAUUUCCCCCCAGACUUUAAGACCACAAAAGAUAUAAAUCAGUAAUGUUUCAUAACAACGCAGUUCCUGAAAAGUGAUAAGUCGCAACCAUUGUUCAACAAACAGACGAUAAUAACAACAGCAACUGCAGCGCCGCCAUCACCACCACUGCCACAACCACCACUAUCACUAUCAACAACAACAACAAGGACAACAACAACAACAAGGACAACAACAACAACAAGGACAACAACAACGACUAUUAACAGUUUUCAACGAAUAGACAACCAUUAUAUCUAUGUCUGUGAGCCCUGAGUAAAGAUCAGGGAUGAUAUACAACAACUGCAGAGAAUUGGCCCAUGAACGGGGAUGAAUUCUUCCUCUUUAUGAACAAACAAGCCAUCCGUUUAUUAACUGCGGUGGAUCCAUGAAUGCAGACGAACAGUAACGUACUAAACUUAGGCCCUUAGUGGUAGGACAAAAUCUAAAAUCCUAGGAAACCAAUAAGGGAUUGCGUUGACAAAAUAACCGCUAACUGACUCUAAUUUGAAACGUCAGUUUUCUUUUUCUUUUUUGCCAAUUCUCAUUGCAACGUGAAUUUGCCGACACUCGAUAAACUCUUAAUUGGAUUUUACUUUAACUAAUGGACAAUUCAUAUUAUCUGCCGCUGUUAUGGCUCUGUUCAAUGAAGACUGACAUACGACAGUAGCUCGACGUGGACCCCAUCUCUAGCUGAGAAACCCUUAUAUUAUUAAAACCUUUCAUGAAAGACUCUAAACCAGGAACGUACAUUGAUAAUAUGACAGGACGGUCAAGGAGGAAGACGAAGAAAACAAAGAAGAAAAAGAAGUCAAAUGAAGAGAAGCUGGAGAAAGAAGUUGAAAAGAUGAGGUCGAACGAAGAAUUAGUGGAAAGCAUCGUGUACCGUGUGAAUCGAUGGCUAGCUGUGAACUCCAACACUGUCACGGAGUUGUUUAGUAGUUUUGACACAGCUGAUGAAGGACUUGUAACCUACAAACAGUUUAAGGCAGGAAUGAUUGAUCUCAAAAUUCCGUGUAAUUCGGCCGAACUUCAUCUGGUAACGCUGCUUCUUGACAAGAACUUCACCCAAACAAUCAGCUAUGUCAACUUGACAAAACAAAUCUCCGUAAACGGAUCAGGAGAGGAAUAUAACUGUAAAGGGCACUGUUCCCUGUGUGGAAAAGGAAUGGAUGAUCCGAACAUUAACAGAAAACUGGUACCAAGAAAAAGAUAUGUCCAGUUGGAUCUGCGACUGGCCUCUUUCAGCCAACUCAAAGAACCGUUUAUCAAUUUCUUCCUCGUUGUCUCGUCUGACACUUAUAUUUCACAAAUCAUUCACAAAAUCCUCGCCCACACAGCCAUCUGCACCACCAAAAUGGCGCUGUUCCGACAUAAAACCUGCACCAAAAGCUCUCUUCUACCAGAACAGACAACGCUUGAAGAAUGUGCUUACCAUGGUUACUGUAAGCAACAUCCACAAGAAGUCGCCUUGUUCUACGACUUUUGCGAAGACUUCACCGAUUGUCCACUUCUGAUGGCUGAUUAUUAUUUUACCAAAAACUACACCUGAAGACACGUGAUAUCGUUCCCAACACAAACUUUGAAUUUAUUUAUUUAUUCAGUUCAUUUUUCAACGCCUCCGUGAGAAGAUGAAGAGUAGAGUCCGGGACUCUCUUUCCAGAACCCUUGAGAAAAGGAGACAGCUGUUCUUAGCUUGAAUGCUAAUAACAAAGAGAGACUCUGCUAAAAACAUCCAAGAGUUUCAUGAUUGUUUCUAAUUUUGGCAGUCAUUUUGAAGACGUGGGAGUUUAGUCAGUUAUAUUGAUCCCAGCACAUAACUAGUGUUUUAAUUUAUGGAUCAUAAAAGGAUUAAAUUAAGGUUGACUUCGGCAGGAUUUUAACUUGGAGUGCAGAGUGUCGGAACAAACAUCGCAAAACAGUUUUCUUCAUGCUUUAACGACUCUGCCAAAAAGAUUUCAUAAAAAUAAUGGUAAAUUCCUGAUUAUUUUUGGAAAGUCAUUGAAGCAAUACUUUCCGGUGGAAUUCUGGUUUAAGCACCCCAUAUAACCCCUCAUAAACUUUUUAUUUCUUGGAAUCUUCAGAAAAUAUUUGUGAAAUUGUGUUCUACGCACGAGAAUUCAUACGAUUAUGCAAAAAUAAAUUUGUGUAAUUUAAGGGCGAUUUGGCUAUUAUUUUUAGCACAUCUGACGACCACCUGAUACCUUCCGUGUUUCUUUAUCACUCUGAUAUGUAUUGAUGUUUUUUCCAUAUUUUCCUAUCCAUAAACGUUUAAUGGUUCAUUGCUGAGAUGUUUAAAAAAAAAAAAGGAUUUAUGUGAGUUUAAAAACUUGAAAAAAUUUUUUUCUUUUAAUAAUCGUAUCAAUUCCCGUGUGUAGAACACAAAUUCGCAAAAAUUUUCUGAAGAUUCCGAAAAAUAUAAAAGUUAUGUGGGGCUAUGCAGGGUGCUUAAACCGACAUAAUUUCAUUAAAACUAUGAUUGUGAAAAGGUUGAAUUUAUUUCGUUACUUUCCAUUACAGUGAUUUUAGUUCCUCUUCAAUAAUUAACCGAUAACUUUCCAAAAUUUUCACUCAGUUUGCCGAAGCAUGAAAUCAAUUACCUGCAUCAAGUUGUUAGCUGUCAGGAUACGGCAUCUGUCUAUGUUCAAAUUUCGCCGAUGUCGACUGCCUUUCAUCCUUUCAGGAUCGGUGAAAAAGUACCAGUCGUGGACUGAGGUCGAUAUAAACCUUAAGGUCAGGAAGUGGUGUUAAACUGGAUGUCCGGUUAAAUCUACCGUACAAGAAAUAAAACGGUCCCUCCGACAAGCUUCAUAUUACACUCUCGGCUCUAGGUUUUAACUGAAUCUGUGUAGAAGACAUUUAGUCAAGAUGACACAUGCCGGUAUCGAACCCGGAUAUAAACAGCGGCUAAAUCUCUUUUACAUUAUUUCGUCCGUGAAUCCAUCCGUCCCCAUGCUCUGAGUUCAAAUUCCACCAACGUUCACUUUACUUUUCAUCCUUUCAAUGUUGAUAAAAUAAGUACCAGUCGAACACUGGGGUCGAUGUAAUUGACUAGCUCCCUCCCCUCAAAUUUCGGGCCUUGUGCCAAUAGUAGAAAGGAUUAUUAUUAUUAUUAUCAAUAUUAUUAUUAUUAUUGUUGUUGUUGUUGUUGUUGUUGUUGUUGUCGUCGUUGUUGUUGUUAUUAUUAUUAUUAUUGUUAUUAUUAUUAUUAUUAUUAUUAUUAAGAAGGUGGUGAGCUGAUAGAAACGUUAGCACGCCGGACGAAAUGCUUACCGGUAUUUCAUCCAUCUUCAUGUUCUGAGUUCAAAUUCCACCGAGGUCGACUUUGCUUUUCAUCCUUUCGGGGUCAAUAAAUUAAGUGUAAUCGACUCAUCCCCUCCCCCGAAAUGACUGCCCUUGUGGCAAAAUUUGAAGCCAUUAUUAUUAUUAUUAUUAUUAUCCAACAUUUGGUAGUUUCAGAAUUUUUUCUACUGCAUCACCUGCUACACUUACGUGUCCGUGUUGCUGGGUGUGUGCAACAUUGUGUGUUCUUUUCUGUUUCUGGGAGUAUGCAAAUACUUCCGGUAUUGUAUUGCGUCAGUUUUUUUUUCUUCUUUAGAGGUGUGGUGCAGUCUUUUGUCUUAUUACAGUUUGUUUUGUGUGUUGAGAGUGUAAUGCGUUGAUCAUUCGGCUUCCUGGUGAAACUUUAUUUCAUUGGAUAAUUGUGUUUGCGGAGUGUUUUGUUUAGGUUGUAUUAUUGAAUUGAUAGUGUCUUGCGUAGGAUGUUGUCUGUUCGUAGCAGGGUUAUUUUUUGAUAGUGUGCAGUGUUAAAGAUCCGGGUAUAGCUUCUACAUUUUGUUCAUAUGUUAUUUUUUUUUUCAUCAUACCCAACGCUCCAAUUAUUACCGGUAUUGUUUUCACCUUCAUGCCCAACAUCUUCAAUACUUCAAUUUCGAUGUUUUGUACUGUGACAAUUUCAUCACUUUUUUUUUUUUUUUUUUUGACAAUAUUUUGAACAGAAAGGACUGCAAUAUUUAUCAGUAAGCAGGUGGGUCCCCACCACCACCACAAUUCUUGAUUAUAAUGUAUGGGAUUUAGCUUAUAUUUCUUUGUCAGUUUGAACCAGCAUAUCCCAGGUGAUUGUGGCCUGGUCGUUGUCUUGUACCUUGUUUGUCACAUGUUUAUACCAUUUAUUGUCAGUUUUAAUGUUGUAGUGUUGGAAUAUUGUCCGGUAGAUAUAACUACUUACUCGGUCGUGUCUGUAUAUAUAUUCAGGUUUGGCAAAGACUGGACAGCCAGAGAUGAUGUGGUCAACUGGUGUCUCAUUGUGCUGGUUGCACAUUCUGCAUUCGGUGUUAGGGCCUCUUCUCAUUAUUUUGCUUUUUUAAUUGUGCGUAGUCAGGUACUGGCCUUGUGCAGCAAGAAUCAGUCCUUCCGUUUCAGCUUUUGAACCAUUGUUGGCUUUUACUUAGGCUCUAUUUCUUUAGUAUGUUUAUUAAAAUUAUUAUUAUUAUUCUUUUUUUAACCUGAUGAAGAUACACGAGAUGUCGAAAUAUCAUUCACUUUUAAUUUUGACUCUAUAUCUUCCGGAGGAGUUACCUCAAUCCUUUAUAUAUUAACCAAAAUGAAGUAGAUUGACAAAAUUAUUUUUUUAACCUGAUGAAGAUACACGAGGUGUCGAAAUAUCGUUCACUAGAUAACAAUGGCACUCUUCUUUUAAUUUUGACUCUAUAUCUUCUGGAGGAGUUACCUCAAUCCUUUAUAUAUUAUUAUUAUUAUUAUUAUUAUUAUUAUUAUUAUCCAUUAUGGAGAUGCCCCGCCACCUUCUUUUGGCUAGGAAGGAAAGGAAGUUUUCCUCUGCUUGGUAGCUAUAGCGAAAGAGAUAGUGUAGUGGACAAGAUUGAAAGGACUGAAGACAGAUAGUUUCCUUUUCGGUCAACCCCUUUCCGACUUUUUCAAGUUCCAUUUGAAAAGGAAAAUGGAGAAGUGGUGCCUCCCGGUAUUUUUGUUGAAAGGUGGGUGAAUGUGGCGAGGAUGGCCCGUUUGAAUGGGUCUACUCUGAAGAUGCGCUCGUAGGCCGGGAAGUCGAGAGGGAGUGAGGUGCCCUUGGCAGUUAAGGUGACCAGGAUGUGUGGAGUUUCUUGGCUGGCCCUAAACGGAACUCCCUGCUUCGGGGGAAUUUUAUUAUUUUCAUUGUUUAAAUUUUGUUGUUAAUCGUUAAUGUUAUUUAUUUUGUACAUUAAUAUUGUGCCUAAUCCCACUUGUCACUCAUGUCGUAUAGUCCCUAUUUGUUUUAUGUUCGGCCCUUGUGGCCAAUAAAGAAAAGAUUAUCAUUAUUAUUAUUAUUAU